GUUCGGGACAAGAAAUGUUAGAAUGGUUACAAAGGCAAGAAAAUUCAAAUGAUGAUGAAACUCUCCAAGAUCAGCCCCAACAACUCAACAACAAUCAUCUUGAGGAUCAAUUUACAGAUGUCAGCUUGACAGGUAUUCUAUUGGAGGAUGAUGUAGUUGAACCUUCACCAAAGCCAAAUGAAACUGAAUCGCAACAAAAAGAGGAGUCAUUACUUAUCAAAGUUAAAGGAAAAGAUAUCAGAGAACUUGUCUCAAGAUCAAGAACGUGUUGCCACUGAAGGUGUUCCAUCAAAGAUUAAUGCCUAUCCAGAUGAUGUCAUUGGCAAAGUGUACGAAGUUGAACAUUCAGGUCGAGUGUGUGGUUUAGGUGUUGGUGUUUGCCCCACGAGUGUUUUCAAGACGCACAAAUAUUUCAUGCAAUUUGACAGUGUUGGUAGCUCUAGCCAAAAAAAUGUUGAGGAGUUACAAAAGGAAGUGCACACUUUGAAAGAAAAGCUAAAUGGAUAUGAAGAGACUAAGGAGCAACUUUUACAAACACAAGAUCAACUUAAAGUUCUCCUUAAUUUUAUGCAAAGAAAAUUUGGUGAUGAGUUACCUACUUUCAACCAAGGUUUCCCUCCACCUUAGUAAUAUAAUUUCUUAUAAUAUAUAGAAAUUGAAGUUAAUAAGAUUUUUUGCACUUAGAUCUAUACUUUAAGUCACUAGCAAAUAUCAUGUUCUAUUUCUU